CUCAGAGGCAAUGACACAAACAAAGCCAGGCUUUGAGGAGCAGCAGGGAGUUACAUGGCGUUACACGAGCACUCGGAGAUAAAGACUCUAAAAAGGCAUUUGUACUCUAUCUUCGGAAAGUCCACGCAGAGGCAGGAGCUGAAUUCUGGAGUACCGUUUAUUCAGCGGACAAUGGCUGUUAAUACGAAAACGCACUCGGGAAGAUAAUAAAACUGCAUCAGACAGCACAUACGGGGUAAAUCUGAUAACACACCACUUCCUCUUUGGGGAGGUGAAGAGAAAACGGUAGCAUUUUUCGCGCGUAAGUGUUUGACAUCAACACUGCUGGAAGCCACAGUCUCUGAAUUCUGCACUCUCUGCACCUGAAAGCUAUCACGAAAGAGCUCUGAUAAAUGACUCUACAGUGUCAUGAUGUCUUCCACGAAUGCCUCAGAUAUAGAGGUCAUCGAUUCCAAUUGUACGAAUGAAACUGCAGAUAAACAGUGGCAAGAGAGCAUGAAUACGCUCUACACCUACGUCUACCUGUUCAUCUUCAUCCCAGGCUUGAUAGGGAACAGCCUUGCUCUCUGGGUGCUGUGUCGCUUUAUAAGCAAGAAGACCAAAGCCAUCAUCUUCAUGAUCAACCUGGCCAUUGCUGACCUGGCGCAUGUCUUGUCCCUGCCGCUGCGCAUCUACUACUACAUCCACGGCACCUGGCCUUUUGGAAAGGGGCUGUGCUUGCUCUGCUUCUACCUGAAAUAUCUUAACAUGUACGCCAGCAUUGCCUUCCUGGUCUGCAUCAGUAUCCAACGGUGUGCCUUUCUGAUGCGCCCCUUCUGCGCCAGACAGUGGAUGCGGCGCUAUGAUGUUCGCAUUAGCGUAGCUGUGUGGUUGGUGGUUGGUUUAUGCUGCAGUCCGUUCAUCCUGAUGAGAAGCUCCUCGUCAAACACCAAUAAAACUGAAACCUGCUUCAAGGACUUGCCCACGCGGAAGCUGAACCUGGGAAAGGCAGUGGCCAUAAUGUCAUUCGCCGAGCUCCUGGGCUUCGUGGUCCCGCUGACCAUCAUCAUCUUAUGCUCCUACUUCAUCAUUCAAUCUUUGAAGCAGAGCUCGAGGCCGGGUAUUUCAGUCAACGACGUGAGAAAGGCCCUGCGCAUGGUCUUAGUGUGUACCGGCGUGUUCCUUUUCUGUUUCGCCCCCUACCAUAUCAACUUCUUAAUGUACAUGAUGGUUUCUCAGGGCCUCAUUACCCACUGUCCUUUGCAGCAGGCGGUUAACAAGUUCCAUCCAAUCUCACUGUGCAUUGCCAGCCUCAACUGCUGCCUGAAUCCACUCAUAUACUACUUCCUGACCACAGAGUUCCAGCAGCAGCUCAGUCGCCAGGGCAGCUCUAUAUUAAGAGGGCGGCUGAUGAGUAUGGAGAGCACCUCUUCGUAUAGAGAAGCGCUUCCCUGAUGGCCAUGGAGAGCUCUUCCUCCUACAGAAAAGCACUUCUUUGAGGAACAUAGCAAGGACCUCCUCCCAUAGAGAAACACUUCCCUGAUGAGCAUGAAGAGCACCUUUUUAUAUAGACAAGAACUUCCUGAUAAAGAGGUGGAGAAUGAUAAUGAUAAUGAGUCUUUAUUGGUCACAUCUACAGCGACCAAUACACAGUGAAAUUGUUUUCUUCGCAUACCCCAGUCUGUCAGGAAGCUGGGGUCAGAGCACAGGUCAGCCAUGAUACGGCGCCCCUGGAGCGGAGAGGGUUAAGGGCCUCGCUCAAGGGCCCAACAGUGGCAGCUUGGCAGUGCUGAGUCUUGAACGCCCGACCUUCCGAUCAGUAACCCAGAGCCUUCACUGCUACACAUUGCCCCACACUGAACACCUCCCUUAUAUAUAUAUAUAAAAAAAAAAGAGAUGGUGUCGAUUGAAGUACAACACAAAAGGAAAUAAGAGAAAACAUUAUUUGCAAUGAACAAUAAAACUAAAGAAAUACUGUGACUAGAUUAAGCGCAGAUAUUGACUAUUUAGUUGCUGAAAAGUAGGCGCACCAACAAACAAACACAUCAACCAACAAACAAAGUCUUGUGCAAGAACCGUACAGGGACUAAAUUGCAAAAUGCUUCACCAUAUCGUCAUACCGCGUCACGGUGCGUCACAGAGACAGGCGCAGGAAACCACAGGACCAAAGCCAGACAUGGUCGGAUUCAUCAGGUAGAUCAUACUGAAAAACAAUUCUGCUUUAAAAUGUACGGCUUUUAAGGACUUUCCCAUAUUCCAAUCCACUGCAUCCUUUAAAGGGCUCGAAAGACAAAUGGCAUCAACUGGCAACCCUGAUCAAAUGUGCCCUGAAUACUGCACGUGUAUAAACGAGCGUGCUGUAAAUAAGGACUUAUAGAAAGUAUACAUGCUUCCGAUAAUACAAAGCUGAAUAGAGUCAUACCUUGUGUCAUAAAAUCACCGACAGUAGUGAAUUGAAAUGGAAAUGUUUUCCGUGGAGUCACUUUGAUGUCGUGUUUAGUGUUUUGCUCGUGUAUUGAAAGGCGGUUUAAAAUGCACAAAGAUCUUCAUCUGAAAUGAUGGACCAAAACUGAAAUGUCUGUAAGCAUCAGUGUAAAUAAAAUCAAGCAGUGCAUCCAGA